AUGUGGUUCAUAAGUGAAAAGAUAAUAUUUGUUUUACAUUGGUUAAGUUUAAUAGAAUCAGUUACCGAAAACACUCUACAGGUAUGGAAAAAUGAAAGUAGGAUAAAAAGUUUUAAAUUAAACAAAAUUUCUAUAAAAGUUGAAGAAUUAAAUACGAAAAUUUGUUUGAUCAGCAAAGAAUUAAAUGAAAUUAUUAAAGAAUUAGAAAAUAAUAAAAUAAACUCGGAAGAAAUUGAACGUAUAAAAGAUAAAUUUGAACAAAUUUUAGAAAAACAUAAAAAAUAUGAAAAUAUCUUAAAAGGAAUAAAAAAGAAUAAGAAUGAAAAUUUAGUACUGAUUUUAAAAAAUUUUGAAUAUUCAAAUAAAAGAAUUAAUAAAAUACAUGAUAAAUUAAAUGAACAUGAAGAAAGAUUAAAUAAAUCUAAAAAUAAUUUAAAGAUUGAUGAUGAUGAAUCAAAAAUUGUUUAUGAAAAAGAUGAAAAUACUAAUGAAAAAGAUGAAAAUACUAAUGAAAAACAUCAAAGUAAUGGUGAAAAACCACAAAUUAAUGAUGAAACAUCUCUAAGUAAUGAUGAAAAAUCUCUAAGUAAUGAUAAAGAAACAACUAAUAUUAAAUCAAAUCUUUCUGAUGAAAAGAAAAAAUCUAAUAUUCAAGAUAAUACACCUUUAAAGAAAAAUUUUGAAUCUAAUAACAAAAAUAUUUUAUUUAGUUUAAUAGUAUUUUUUACUGUUUCAUUGAUUAUUAUUUUAAUGGUAAUUAUUCUUUUUAAUAAUCGUUCUUUAAAGAAAAAGUUUUUCAGCAAUAAAUAA